AUGGAUAUCAAAUUUAUGCCAUUACUGUUUGUGAAUUUAGCCGGUGAAAUGAUUUAUGUAUUAAAUCAACGCUUACAGGCACAACAUUUUGAGAAUGUAAAAAGUAGUAAAAUAUUGGCCGAUCUUGUUCGAGCAAUGUUUGAAAAACGGUUCAUCGAUGAGUUGUUCAAAAUUCAAAAUAUCUAUGCGCAACAGACAUUAAAAAUUUUCUUCAUCAAAUUUGCACAUUGCAGUAUUAUGCGUUUAACUGAUAAUAGCAUGGAUAAACUGUUUGAUUUGAUGACAAUGACGGUAAAAUAUCAACUUGAAACAUGUAUAACACCAAAUCAUUUGCUGUCAAUUUCACUGAAUCAUAUUGAUGGAAUCAAAAAAAUUAUGACUGAAGACCGGGAUAAUGUUGAACUUCUAAGGGGUUUACAUAAUAAGGUAAGAUUAUUGAGAGCAAAACUUAUUCAGACAGCACAUAUAAUGAAAGCAAUUGUUUUUUAUUCUUUCCUUUUUUUUGCGAUUAAAAAUCGGAAAAAAAAUCAUUUUAAUUAA